GGGGUCCCGCCCGGGUGCGGGGAGGCCGGGCAGCCCCAUCCCCCGGCGGCGGCGGGCGCCAGCGAGCCCCGGGCCCGUCCCGCUGCGGCCGGGGGGCUGCACACGGAGGGGGCGGCGCUCCGGGGGCUCCGCUCGGCACCCGGGAGCGGCGGGGGGAAGGUGCUGGCGCUGUGCCCCAGCGGGGGGCUAUCUCCAUCCCCGACGAGGUCCAUGUCCCCUCCAGUAGCCACCGGAGCGGGUCCCAGCGUGGCCCCCCAGCACCCCGCGGCCAAGGAGCCCUCCGGCCAGGCCCACGGCAGCUCCAGCGGGCCAAGAGCUGUGCUGAGCUCCCCGGGUGGCUUUGGCCAAGGACGGAUGCACAGACAGCCGGGAUGGGAUGGGGACGUGGCCGCCGGUGGCCAGAGUGGUUCUCGGCAGGGUUGGCGGCCAGGGAGUCUGGCCAGGUUGCCCAGAGAGGAAGAGCAAGCUGGUGGGGCUGCAAGGGUGCAGAUGGAGCCCCUCCUGCCACUGUUCUCCGUGCCGAGCUUCAACUGGGAUCAUCUGCAGACGUUGGCAAGGUGAUGCCAGCUUGAUCCAGAGUCAUGUCCAGGUACCUGAAGCACUUCACAGUGGUGGGCGAUGACCCCGUGCAGUGGAGCAAUGACUAUCAGAAAUGGGAGGAGGAGGAGGAGGUGGCUGGGGAGAAUGGGGAGAAGCAGCCAGAUUCGGAGAUCAAGCUGGAGCCCACCAGGAGCCGCAUCUCCUUCCAGGACAUGAUGAAAAAGCUCUUCAGUUCCCACAGGUUUCAGAUCCUGGUUGUUUGCUUGGUCAUCCUGGAUGCCUUGUUGGUUCUGGGGGAAUUGCUUAUGGACCUGAAAAUCAUCCAUCCGGACAAAUAUAAUAUAACCCCAAAGGUUUUCCAUUACCUCUCCCUUUCCAUUUUAACCAUCUUCCUGGUUGAGGUGGGGUUUAAAGUCUUUGUCUACCGCUGGGAGUUCUUCCACCACAAGUUUGAAGUGCUGGACGGGAUCGUCGUCGUCGUGUCAUUCAUCCUCGACGUUGUCCUCAUUUUCCGGGAGCAUGAGUUUGAAGCUGUCGGGCUCCUGAUACUCCUGCGGCUGUGGCGGGUGGCCAGGAUUAUCAAUGGAAUCAUUUUAUCGGUAAAGACCCGCUCUGAACAACAAGUGUCCAAGCUAAAGCAAGCAAACCUGAAACUUGCGACAAAGGUUGAACAACUGGAACACAGCUGUGUAGAAAAGGAACAAGAAAUUGAGAGGCUUAACAAUAUAUUAAAGCAGCAUGGACUCAUCAGUGAGCCAAAAUAGGAGGCCGGUUUUCCAAGGUGGGAAGUUUGCCCUGGAGAGUGCGGUGUUGAAAUCUAUCAGUUUGACCUGAAAGGUUUUCCUGUCUCCUUGCUUUCUCUUGUAUAGUGUUGUCUAUAAACAUUUUCUAUUUGACCACACUUUGAUUAGAUCUUGGGAUUGCAAAAAUAGUUUUAUUGGAAAAUUAAUCAUGCAUACUCCCUGUAAACAUUGAUCUCACAAGACCUUUCUUGUACAGCUGUACAGUCACGCAAAAUAAUUUAAUAAAGACACACUUUUGCAAGCUAUA